GCUAAACCUAGAUCCCCUCCUACGCCUUCAAUCCUUCUCACUGCAAAUCUACAUCUGAGUACAAACAAUCCAAGCAACACAACUGCACUUUCAAGCUUCGGAACGGGAAAAUGGUUGCUGCAAAGAAAACUAAGAAGACUCAUGAGAGCAUCAACAACAGGCUUGCUCUCGUCAUGAAGAGCGGUAAAUACACACUCGGUUAUAAGACUGUAGUGAAGACCCUCAGGAACUCUAAAGGGAAGCUGAUUAUCAUUUCGAACAAUUGUCCGCCUUUGAGGAAGUCGGAGAUUGAAUACUACGCUAUGCUUGCAAAGGUUGGCGUUCAUCAUUUCAAUGGAAACAAUGUUGAUCUUGGGACAGCAUGUGGAAAGUACUUCCGUGUAUCAUGCCUGAGCAUAGUUGAUCCAGGUGAUUCGGAUAUUAUUAAGACCUUGCCAGGAAAUCAGUAACAUGUUUACCAUCUUAUGAAGCCUCUUUCUGUAACUGAAGAUAGCUGUGAUGGAAAUGCUGUUUCUCUAUUUAUGUAUUUGUUCUCGAUUUCUUGGGGUUUAUGCAAUAAUUUUUUUAUGCAGAGUUUUCUUCCUUAAAUAGUUUUAAAAAUUUAUUUACAAUUCAAGAUACCAUAGAUCUUUCUAAUGUUCUUGUUUACAUUUUGUUGAGUAGCGGCCAUUUAGCUGUGUUGUUUAAUAUGUAACUCAUCUUCCAUGGAACAAUCAUGUUAGUGCCUUUGCAUUUC